UUUCUCAUUCUUUCCUGGCUGUCACUUUCCUGUGUAGCCUUUUCAUGGUCUGAACUACAUGCGUUUCCUUCAUCAGGGCCCUCUGAAAUGGAAAUAACGGCCUUAUCAGCCAAUCAUGAGCGUCUCAAUAGCUACUCCAAACGUCCAGACUGCUUUCGUCGCGUCGCUAGUCAAAUUCGUUCAACUUGUGAAGUCUUGGAAACUCAAGAAGCGGAACGUAUCACAGUGGCAAUUUCUUUGACCCUUUGCGAACUUGCGACUGCAACGCACCAUUCUCUGCCGUUGGAAUGUGCACCGUUCUCGUCUGAAUCAGGGAUUCCUGCCUCUGAUGAUACCCACCACGGAGAUUGCGUCGAUGCUCUCUCUCGGAGUGCCCAAUUUUGGUCUAGUUAUUCGGGUUAUCUGCGUGAACCCAACUCUGCUUCGCUUUCCGUCGAUGGAACGACAUAG